CGCGCGGUCGAAAGAAAAAAAUGGCGCCUGACUCUAACUCUUCUUCGAUGAUCAAAACAUUCGCGAUAAGGCUUCUGCCCACCAAGAAUAAACACAACAGGCAGCCCAACGUCGACAAAAAGAAUCACGCAACACACUUCGAUUUUUCAAGGGAUCCCGAUUUGAAAACCUUGAUCUUUGCACUUGCAGCCAUCUUUGGACAUUGAACGAUCGCUAAGGGAAACAUGAAGCUUUCUGUAAUUAACGCUAAAAGUCUCAAAGAAUUGCUCAGUCUAGAGGUCACUCAAGAGACAACAAUUGGAAAUCUUAAAGAGAAAAUCUAUCAGAUCAAACCUAAGCUUUAUCCAAGCAGACAGUCUCUGAGACUUGAGACAAGAGGAAAGUCUUUAAAUGACAGUGAAACUCUAAAAUCUGUUGGAAUCACUGAAGAUGAGGCACAGAUUUAUUUAAAGGACUUAGGUCCUCAGAUUGGUUGGACUACAGUCUUCCUGUUAGAGUAUAGUGGUCMAUUAGUUUUGUAUCUUUUGUUAUACACACAACCUUAUCUAGUGUAUGGAGCAAACGCAAGUAGUCAACCAAUGGCAAAAGUUGUACACAUUGCAGCAGCAUGCUGGGCAUUGCACUAUGGUAAAAGACUUUUAGAGACACUGUUUGUCCACCGUUUCUCAAAAGGGACAAUGCCAUUGUUUAACCUUUUCAAGAACUGUAGCUAUUACUGGGGAUUUGGUGUUCUUGYUGGAUAUUUUGUCAACCAUCCACUGUAUACWCCACCAAGUAAGAUUCAAACAUUUUYUGUCCUUGUUACCCCAAAGAAGAGUAGAUUUUAUUGUCUUAUCCUUUAUAUUUCAGUGUAUGGAGAUGUWCAAAUUUAUGCUGGGUUGGCUGGAUUUAUUUUCAAUGAAUAUGGUAACUUUGUAAUCCACUGUGCUCUAAGGGACCUUAGACCAUCAGACCUUUUCAAAAUGAUGGUGCAAGAACACAAGUUGCUCAUAUUGAUAUAAGUGCGGAGAAAAACUCUCCCAAACUGCUACGUUUUAUGAAUAUUAAAAUUUUGAGUAUCGUUGUUAUAACAAAAUCCUUUUGAAAUACUAAUCRCAUUCAAUUAGUACUGGUGGAAAUUGCACAAAAAUCACGAAAU